GAUGUGGCCUGUGAUGUUUGCUCUGGGAGGAAGCUGAAAGCCGUAAAGUCGUGUUUGGUCUGUGUGGCCUCUUACUGUGAGGACCACCUCCAACGUCACAAUGAAGUACUUCCAGUGAAGAAACACCAGCUGGUGGAGCCCUCCAAGAAGCUCCAGGAGAAGAUCUGCUCUCUGCAUGAUGAGGUGAAGAAGAUUUUCUGUCGCACUGAUCAGCAGUGUAUCUGUUACCUCUGCACCAUGGACCAACACAGAGGCCAUGAAACAGUCCCAGCUGCAACAGAAAGGAGCCAGAAGCAGAAGGAGCUAGAGGGGAGUCGACAAAACAUCCAGCAGAGAAUCCAGGAGCGAGAGAAAGAUGUGAAGCUGCUUCAGCAGCAGAUGGAGGCCAUCAAUGUCUCCACUGAUGAAGCAGUGGAGCACAGCGAGGAGAGAUUCACCCAGAUGAUCCGUCUUAUCCAGAAAAGAACCCUUGAGGUGAAGCGGCAGCUCAGAUCCCAGCAGCAAACUGCAGUGAGUGGACUCAAAGAGCUUGAGGAGAAGCUGGAGCAGGAGAUCGCUGAGCUGAAGAGGAAAGACAUCCAGCUGGAGCAGCUGGCACACACAGAGGACCACACCCAGUUUCUCCACAGCUACACCUCAGUGUCAGCACUCAGUGAGCCCACACACUCCUCCAGCAUCCAGACUGCUCCUCUCAGAUACUUUGAGGAUGUGGCAGCAGCUGUGUCAGAGAGCAGAGACAAACUACAGGACAUUCUGAGAGAGACUGAAGAGGAGCUGCAACUGCCACUGCUACUGCUACAACCACAGCCAGAGAGCAGAGCAGACUUCUUACAGUAUUCACAGCAGAUCACACUGGAUCCAAACUCUGCACACAGAAAGCUUAAAUUAUCUGAUGGAAACAGAAGAGUAACUUUAACAAAGGAAGUUCAGCCUUAUUCUGAUCAUCCAGACAGAUUCACUGAAUAUCCUCAGGUCCUGAACAGAGAGAGCCUGACUGGACGUAGUUACUGGGAGGUGGAGAGGAGAGGAGGAGUUGAUAUAGCAGUUGCAUACAAGAACAUCAGCAGAGCAGGGGGAGGGAAGGAAUGUGGAUUUGGAUUUAAUGACAAAUCUUGGGCUUUAGAAUGUUACUCUAACAGUUUUAAUUUUUGGCACAACGACAUCAGUACUCCCGUCUCAGGUCCUCGGUCUUCCAGAGUCGGAGUGUACCUGGAUCACAGAGCAGGUAUUCUGUCUUUCUACAGUGUCUCUGAAACCAUGACUCUCCUCCACAGAGUCCAGACCACCUUCACUCAACCGAUACACGCUGGAGUUUAUCUUUCUGGUUCUGGAUCCUCUGCAGUGUUGUUGAAACCUGAGUAAAGGACUCCAUCAGGUCUCCUUGUGUGGUUUUCUAUAGGAGCCUCCACAUUUUCUGAGUUGAGACGUUAAUGAGAUUUCUGACAGGAAGAAGAUUUGAAACCAACAGCUGGUCGGCCGUCUUCUCAGAGACUUUCUACGAGGAUAAAAGGAUGUAGGACGAGUGUGGAGAGGCAGAAAGGAGCUGAGUUAGUGAAGAAAAACAUGACAGCUGCAGCCAUCAGUCACCUCACUUUUUUGGACUCACUUUUCAAGCUUCUCAAACAGGAUUUUCUUCUUCAUUGACCACAGGAAGCUGCAGCUUUUCACACCUUGGGGGAUUUGAAGUGGAAAUUAGGAGCCUUCACAUGUUUGGAUUGAUCAAUCUUUCAUUUUUUAUAAUUCUUUAUUGACAUUUGAUCCUUCAGAGUAAAGAUUUGUGGAUUUUCCUGAAAAGUGAACUGAUUGUUUUGGGUUUUUGGAUCUUCAUCUGUCACCAAGUCGCAGGGCGUUUGAUUCUUUUAGCUGGAAAUGACUUCAGUUGACAACAGUCAACAAUUUACACUCAGCUUUUAAGAACAUUGAUUUCUAAAUUUGAAGUGCCAGGAACUUCCUAUAAUCAACUAAACUGUAGUGACAACACACACACACGCACACACACACACACACACACACACACACACACACACACACACACACACACACACACACACACACACACACACACACAGGUUUCUUUUGAAGAUAUGAAAUCUGUCAAAAAGUGAAAUGUUGCU